UUAGCUUAAAGAAAUAGUAAUAACAGUUACAUGACAAGACUUAAAUAUAAUGUGACACAUGACACCAUAGAAGAAUAAUAUAUGUAUACAUUUUAAACGUGUUGAGUUUUUCUCUAAUAUUUUAUAUUUAUUUGUAGAGUAUUUUAAAAGAAGUAAUGGCUGUGUGUAUUGAUUAUAUUAAGCGAGAAUUUCCAUUAAUAGAUGACGAUUUAAAACAAUACGUCGAAGGUGUUUUAGAAAAUGGGGCAGAUGAUUUCGAAGACAGCGAUGAAAUAUACGAAGCUAUUGGAGAAGUUUUACAUGAAAUUUCAGAAAAAACAGAGGAUGACAUACGAAACAUAUGCGAGAAACUUCUUAUGAUGAUGAAACCAGAAAAGGCUGUGAGCAAAACACAGCAUAAAAUAUUAGAUGCUCCUGUACACUUAGGUUCAAUGGCAGCAACUUUAGAAGCUGGUGUUGAUGAUCUUAAAAGCAUAUGGGCUGUACAAAGGGAUGAUAAUUUGAAAGUUGAUGCAAAGAAACUAGAAAAAGCAGAAGCCAAAUUGCAGCAGAAACUUGAAAAAAGACAGGAUGUUAAGCCAGCGGCUGUAGCAAAUACAGUAUUACAAACUGCUACAGCAAGUCAAGUAACAAGUAAAAAGGACAAUAAACUUGAAGCUAGGGGCAAUAACCGUGCGCAAGAUAUUCGUAUUGAAAAUUUCGAUGUUGCCUAUGGUGACAGGGUAUUAUUACAAGCAGCUAAUCUUGUUCUAGCCUUUGGUCGACGCUAUGGUUUUGUAGGAAGAAAUGGCUUAGGUAAAACAACUUUAUUGAGAAUGAUAUCAGGAAAACAGUUACACAUCCCAUCUCACAUAUCAAUUCUGCAUGUUGAACAAGAAGUUGUUGGUGAUGAUACUCCAGCUUUAGAAAGUGUUUUACAAUGUGACUUAGUAAGAGAGGGAUUACUUCAAAAAGAAAGGGAAUUGACUAAAGCAGUAAACAAUAAAACCAGUGAUAAUACUGAAGGGGAUAUUAGUGCAGAAUUGUCAGAAGUAUAUGCCCAGUUACAGAUGAUAGAAUCGGAUAAAGCACCAGCUCGAGCAUCAGUAAUUCUUAACGGUCUUGGUUUUUCACCAGAAAUGCGAUCAGAGCAACGAAAACUUGAAGCUCAAAUGCAGCAUAGAGCCCAUGUUCAGGAAUUUAUUGAUAGAUUUCGAUAUAAUGCAAAUCGUGCUGCCAGCGUUCAGUCUAAAAUUAAGAUGUUGGAAAAAUUACCAGAAUUGAAGCCUAUAGAAAAAGAAGUGGAAGUAGUUCUGAAGUUUCCUGAAAUAGAACCUUUAUCUCCACCAAUACUAUCAUUAAAUGAGAUUACAUUUAGAUAUACUCCUGAGAGAACUAUAUUUACUAAUGUAAACCUCGGAGCGACUUUAGAAUCCAGAAUUUGUAUCGUAGGUGAUAACGGAGCUGGUAAAACUACAUUAUUAAAAAUUAUCAUGGGUUUGUUGACCCCUACACAAGGCUCUAGGCAUACACAUAGAAAUUUGAAAUUUGGAUAUUUUUCGCAACAUCAUGUAGAUCAACUUGACAUGAAUGUUUGUUCUGUUGAAUUACUCCAGCAGAGUUAUCCUGGCAAACCUGUGGAAGAAUACAGAAGACAGUUGGGUAGUUUUGGUGUUUCUGGUGAUCUUGCAUUACAAACUGUAGGAAGUCUCAGUGGUGGUCAAAAGUCUCGCGUAGCCUUUGCUAGAAUGUGUAUGGGAUGUCCUAAUUUUCUGGUUUUGGAUGAACCUACUAAUCAUUUAGAUAUAGAAAGUAUAGAAGCACUUGGAAAAGCUAUAAUAAAGUACAAUGGAGGAGUGAUACUUGUUUCUCACGACGAACGUCUAAUUAGAAUGGUUUGUAAAGAAUUGUGGGUUUGUGGCAACGGAUCAGUUAAGAGUAUAGAAGGUGGUUUUGAUGAAUAUAGAAAAAUUGUAGAACGUGAAUUAGAGGCCCAAAAUAAAUAA